AUGAGCUUCAGUGACAGUCAACCCAUUAUGCAUUAUGUUAUAUUUCGCAUCUUAUCCUGCCUCUCUAAACACAACACCCUUCACCCUUCCCACAGGCAAAUUGAUUUUGCUCAAACUCUGGUAGUCUGAUUGGUUACACUCAAAAUGGCAGCAGAAAUGGCGUUGGUAAAACCCAUUUCCAAAUUCGGCAGCAGCACCGCUCAAAGAUUUGGGAACCCAAGGCUUGGUUUCUCCGCCAUCAGAGUGUCGGCCUCCGCAGCAAAAGCAAAUGCUGUAGCAUCAAAACCUUCGAAGAAAGCAGGCAAAACGGCCAUCAAAGAGACUCUCUUGACGCCGAGGUUCUACACUACAGACUUUGAGGAGAUGGAGACCCUUUUCAACACUGAGAUCAACAAGAAUCUCAACCAAUCAGAGUUCGAAGCCCUGCUGCAGGAGUUCAAGACUGAUUACAACCAGACCCAUUUUGUGAGGAGCAAGGAGUUCAAGGAGGCUGCUGAUCAAAUUCAAGGCCCUCUUCGCCAAAUCUUCGUCGAGUUCUUGGAGAGGUCUUGCACUGCGGAGUUCUCUGGUUUCCUUCUCUAUAAGGAGCUUGGAAGAAGGCUCAAGAAAACCAAUCCAGUGGUAGCUGAGAUUUUUUCUCUCAUGUCUAGGGAUGAAGCUAGGCAUGCCGGGUUUUUGAACAAGGGUUUGUCUGAUUUCAAUCUGGCACUGGACUUGGGUUUUCUGACAAAGGCUAGAAAAUACACUUUUUUCAAGCCCAAAUUCAUCUUCUAUGCCACAUAUCUAUCUGAGAAAAUAGGUUACUGGAGAUACAUAACCAUUUACAGACAUCUCAAGGCCAAUCCCCAGUACCAACUUUAUCCCAUUUUCAAGUACUUUGAGAACUGGUGUCAAGAUGAGAACAGGCAUGGUGAUUUCUUCUCAGCAUUGAUGAAGGCACAGCCCCAGUUCCUUAAUGACUGGAAGGCUAAGCUGUGGGCCAGAUUCUUCUGCCUAUCGGUGUAUGUGACGAUGUACCUGAAUGAUUGCCAGCGCACAGAUUUUUACGAAGGCAUUGGACUAAACACAAAGGAAUUUGACAUGCAUGUCCUCAUUGAGACAAAUCGCACCACUGCCCGAAUUUUUCCGGCAGUGCUGGAUGUGGAGAACCCAGAGUUUAAGAGGAAGCUGGAUCGGAUGGUGGACAUCAACGAGAAGCUCAUGGCAGUCGGUGAAAGCCAGGACAUUGCCUUGGUGAAGAACUUAAAGAGGAUCCCACUCAUUGCAGCUCUGGCUUCUGAACUCUUGGCUGCAUAUCUCAUGCCACCAAUUGAAUCUGGAUCUGUUGAUUUGGCAGAGUUUGAACCACAAGUUGUAUACUGAUUUUUUGUCUCCCCAACCCAGUCUCAGUCCCCUUCAGCCCCAAAUUGAGAAAAUGAUGUCAAUUUGUCAAUUAUUAUUAGUAAGAGCUAUGGAAUGAACUGAGGAAACACUUGCAAGGA